AUGACUCUGUGGGAUCGUGAUGACCUGAUGAAAGAUGUUGGAGAAAGACCGAAGGCCUCUAAUGAUUUUGAAAUUGUUGCUUCUGAAUCAAUCUCAGACAAAUCUUCAGCUCUAAAUGUUGAAGCUUCACUGAAGGCAAGUUUCCUGGGUGGACUGGUUCAGGUUGAUGGAUCUGCCAAAUAUCUGAAUGAUAGUAAAUCUUCCAGAAAUCAGGCCAGAGUAACACUGAAGUACAAGGCAACCACAAAGAUCCAGGAGCUGUCCAUGAAUCAUCUUGGAAGAGGAAACGUGAAGCAUCCAUAUGUUUUUGAUCAAGGCUUAGCAACACAUGUAGUCACAGCUAUUCUUUAUGGAGCACAAGCUUUCUUUGUGUUUGACCGUGAAGUUUCUGAACAGGAAGAUCAUCAAGAUGUUCAGGGCAACUUGAAGGUGAUCAUCAAGAAGAUUCCCUUACUUUCUGUAGAGGGUGAAGGUUCCCUGAAGAUGGAAGAGAAGGACAAAGAAAGUGUUGAUAAAUUCUCCUGCAGGUUUUAUGGAGACUUCUGUCUUCCAAAACCACCAACAACCUUUCAAGAUGCAAUAAAAGUCUACCAAAGCCUGCCAGGAUUACUGGGAGACAAAGCUGUACCAGUGAAGGUCUGGCUGCUGCCACUGACAGCUUUAGAUUCUUCUGCUGCUAAACUCGUCCGUCAGAUCAGUACAAGAUUAGUUCAAGAAGCACAGAGAGUCCUGGAGGACUUCAGUGAGCUGGAAAUGAGGUACAAUGAUGUACUGGGAACCAGCACUGCACAGCAGUUCCCACAGAUUGAUAAAAAAAUGAAAACUUUUAAAGAAAUGUGCUCUGAGUUCAAACUGGAAUUCCAACAAACUUUGGCCAAGAAACUUCCAUCAAUCCGAGGAGGAGGAGAAGAGGAAGCGGAGCUUGCAGAAAUCCUGAAGAAGAGACAUUCUUCACCUUUCAGCAGCAAAAGCCUGAACGAGUGGAUGGACUGUAAAGAGAGAGAAAUCUACACAUUAAUGUCUUUUACCAGGAUGAUGAAAAACACCAAAAUCAUCUCGUCUCAAAAUGAUCUCUACAAGGAAAGUCUGAGUGCAGAGCAUGUUGUGUGUUUUGUUUUCACCUCUCUGGGAAAGGAUGAACCGUACCUCUCAGCUUUAUAUAGAUACUUGAAAGGAAAAACCAACAAACAAACCAACCAAACCUCCUGGUUAGUCUGUUCAAUUUCAUUUUCAUGUUCAUUUUUAAUGUUUUCCACCACAACUCUCACACUCAUGAUGUAG